UGCAUAGCAGUCCCUGACCAAUCAGACUGAAGCCCCGCCCUCUCUCCAGGGUAUAAAUCUCAGGUCAGGGCUGAGGGUCAGGAUUACAAGUGAUCAUCAAGAUGGGAUCUUCCAGGACAGGAAUGGGCUUAGCACUGCUGUUGUGGAGCUUCAGUCUGUCCUGGUUGCUGUGUGAGGCCAAUGGACACUUUGAAAGCUCCUCGCUCCUCCACUGUGCUCUGGACAAGAUGGAAUUGUCCUUUUCUAUGCCCAACGAAGGGGCCACCUCUUCCCUGAAAGUGUUGGAUUUCAUGGAUGAAUUUCAGGAUCCUGCCAAUGACUCUGCUUGUGGGAUCUGGGUGAGUCAUGGAUCCAAUAACGCAAUGGUGAUUUCUGCUGCCUAUGAUGGAUGAAGAGAAGAGGAUGGGGAUUAUAUGAUGGUUGUGCUUCUGGAAGAAAUGGAUGAUGAAUUGAACCAGUACAAGAUGGAGAAGAGAUGUCCCAUACAGAAUGAAGCCCUGGAUGCCCCCAGCUCUGAUGUCUGCUCUGCCAUUGCUAAAGAGGACAAACAGGCCUGUGCUGAAAGAUCUGUAACCAGUGACUCCUGUGCUGCAAUGGGAUGCUGCUACUCCCCGAGCGAUGCUACAAUGCCCUGUUUCUUUGGCAACAAGUUAACCACACAGUGCAGACUUGAUGGCAACAUGGUGAUUGCAUUGUCCCAUGAACUGGCCAUACCAUCUCUGCAUCUGGACUCCAUCAGGGUGAUUGGAUUGGACUCCUGCAUCUGGCUGUCAGAAGAUACUGGUAACUCCUUUAAGGUCUUCAGGUUCCCGUUAUCCUGCGCCAAAGCGCAUCAGGUGCCCAAUGGUCCAGUUAAGUAUGUGGCCACUAUUGAAGCUGGUAAACAUAUCAAUACAUGGCAAGGAUCUUCUAUUACUAGGGACAGUACAAUGAGGGUGACUGUGCAGUGCCGCUUCAUUCAGACUGGUAUUGUGCCACUGCUGAGUUUUACAGUCAACACUUUGCCACCACCUCUUCCUGUCAGUACAUCUGGUCCUCUUGAGCUGGAAAUGAGGAUUGCACAAGAUUUCGACUAUGCCUCAUACUACACUGAUGCCCAGUACCCUGUGGUCAAAGUGCUCAGAGACCCAGUCUACCUGGAGGUUCGCAUCAUCGGCAGAACAGAUCCAAACCUGGUCCUUGUCUUGAAUGAAUGCUGGGCAACCAGCUCUGCAGAUCCUAUACCCCUUCCUAAAUGGCCCAUCUUGUUUGACAGUUGCCCUUUUAAUGGAGACAACUACUUGAGCCAGCUGAUUCCUGUUGGCGCUCCUUCACAGGCUGUACCUAUACCAAGCUACUACCAGCGCUUUAUGGUCAGCACCUUCACGUUUGUGGACUCCACCACCCAACUUGCCCUUGAAGGACUGGUAUACUUCCACUGCAGUGCUUCUGUUUGUAUUCCAUCUGCCAGGGACAGCUGUGUGGUUUCUUGUGGUCAAAGGAGAAGGCGAAUGGCUGAGCUUCAUUCUCUGAAGAACACGGUGACUUCUCAAGGACCUGUUGUAUUUGUUUCUGUGGAAGACAAAGAAAUCCUAAAACUAAAAGGUACUGAUUCGUCGGACUACUCCACAUUGGACCUGGCUAGAGCGCUAGUAACUGCUGGGGUUGUUGGGUCUGUGGCUGUUGCUGUUCUAGGCUUGUGGAUUUACUGCAGGAGUCAAACAUGUUACCUUAAAACUGCAUAUGUUUAAAUAAAUAAAAAAAUC